CAUUGCUUGCUUGCUUGAGAAGGUUAGUUUACCCAAGUGUGCCAAGAUACACUCGAAGCAGUUUUCAAGCGUUUUCGCACGCUUUGGGUCUUACUAAUUAACGCCAGUGUAAUAAAACUCUUGGGUUGACGGAUAAUAAGUGCACUGGCUAUACGGGCUAACUACCCAGCCAAUUUGUUUAUGUUUCACUUUCAGACACCCGUAUGCUAACGCCAGUUGGCUAAUUUACUGCUAGCUAAUGUAAAAAGUGCAGAAAGUUUUACACGAGACUCGUGCACAACACCUGCUACACUGUCCAUCGCAUGCUAUAAGAAAAUUGUAUCCGUGUAAGUGUUGCACCUGUUCAAGAAAAUAAAGCCAGCGUUGUGCAUAUUGCAUGAAAGGAUAACACAUGGGGAGCUUCCAACAGUGUGCUUUCUCCGACUCACCAGCAAUAGUAGCCUGAAGCUCAGCACGCGCCACUGGUGUGUUUUUUUGCUGCGGAGAUGUCAAGCACAACAGAGGGCCCCAGCGCAUGGUCACGGGAGACCGCCUAGUGCGCCAGGGAACCUCGUCAUGUGCCACCUACACCAGACGUAUAAUCGCAUCCAGUUUUUACAAGACCACUUAAAUAUUCGCACUCUGCCCGGGAGACCGUGGGGACCUGCUGAUUGGUUGCAGCAGGCUGAGAGGGAGCACGCCAUUGGCUGGAGAAGCUGAGGCGAAAUCGAGGGGUCCCCCAGGCUUCCUCUCAAGCUAGUGGUGAUGGAGAAGAUGACGCGUGUGAGCACGGCUCUGGGCGGGGCCUCAGUGGGGGGCAAGACCAUGUUCUGCCACCUGGACGCCCCCGCCAACGCCAUCAGCGUCUGUCGCGAUGCCACGCAGGUGGUGGUGGCGGGCCGCAACAUCUUCAAGAUCUAUGCCCUGGAGGAGGAGGGCUUCUCGGAGCGCCUCAACCUGCGCGUCGGCCGCAAGCCCUCUCUCAACUUCAGCUGCGCCGACGUCAUGUGGCACCAGGUGGACGAGAAUCUUCUGGCCACAGCUGCCACCAACGGGGCGGUGGUGACGUGGAACCUGGGCCGGCCGUGCCGCAACAAGCAGGAGCAGCUCUUCACCGAGCACAAGCGCACCGUCAACAAGGUCUGCUUCCACCCCACCGAGGUGCACAUGCUGCUCUCCGGCUCGCAGGACGGCUUCAUGAAGUGCUUCGACCUGCGCAAGAAGGAGUCCGUCAGCACAUUCUCAGGCCAGUCUGAGAGCGUGCGCGACGUCCAGUUCAGCAUGAAGGACUACUUCACCUUCGCGGCCUCCUUCGAGAACGGCAACGUGCAGCUGUGGGACAUCCGCCGACCCGACCGCUACGAGCGCAUGUUCACCGCACACACAGGACCUGUCUUCUGCUGCGACUGGCACCCCGACGACAGGGGCUGGCUGGCGACGGGCGGGCGCGACAAGAUGGUGAAGGUGUGGGACAUGUCCACCAACCGUGCCAAGGAGGUGUACUGCGUACAGACCAUCGCCUCGGUGGCGCGCGUGAAAUGGCGGCCGGAGCGACGGCACCACCUGGCCACCUGCUCCAUGAUGGUGGACCACAACAUCUACGUCUGGGACGUUAGACGGCCGUACAUACCCUUCGCCACGUUUGAGGAGCACAAAGAUGUAACCACAGGGAUAGUGUGGAGACACCAACAUGACCCACAGGUGCUCCUGUCCGGCUCCAAGGACAGCACGCUGUACCAACAUGCCUUCAAAGACGCCAGUCGGCCCGUGGACCGUGCCAACCCCGAGGGUCUGUGCUUUGGGCUGCUGGGCGACCUGGCGUUCGCCGCCAAGGAGAGCCUGAUGCUGGGGAGCGGGGGCGGCGCCGGCGGUGGCGCCGGGAGUGGCAGUGGAGGGGGAGUGGGCGAGGGGGCGGGCACUCGCAAACCCGGCUACCCGGGCGGAGACCGCCGAUACCCCAUCUUCUUCUUCAAGAAGCCGGACGUCACUGAGCAGUUCGCACAGGUGGCAAGCGUGCUGAGCGUGUUCGAGGCGCCCUGUGGGGGUGUGUCCUCCUCUGUCGCCGCUGCCUCUGCGGGGAGCCUGAGCCGCAUGGAUUGGUUCGUGGAGACGGCCAGACUCUACCUGCUGAGCGGGAAGCCCUUUGGAGACUUAUGCGACCACAACGCCAAGGUGGCCAAGCAGCUCAAUCGACCUCAGGUUUCCACUACUUGGACCAUGCUGCGAAUCAUGUUCUCUGAGCCUGCCAGCAACUCGACCAAUCACAAUCUUGGCAAACUGGGCACCCUGCCCCUCCUCAACAGUUUCAACAUGAAGGAGUUGAGUGCGGGUCUGAAUGAGAGGAAUAAGGAGAGCAGACAGGACAUCAUCCAUAGCCUGGAAACCAACAUCAACAGCAACGAUGUGGAUAAUGAAGAGACGGAGGGUAGUGAGGGCCAGGCUGAGUACGUGUUUGGAGACGCGGAGCUGGAUGAUGACGACCUAUACUCUAUGGAGCAUGACAACCAGACCGAGGAGCAGGAGUGCACGCUCCCCCAGGAGGCCUUCCCACUGCGCCACGAGAUCAUGGAGCAGCCCUCGGCCCCGGAGGAGGCGGCCCACGACAAGGCCGACUCGCCGCACGUGAGCGGCAGCGAGGCGGAGAGCGGCGGUGGGCCCGGCGGGGGCGGCGGCGGGGGUUCGGGGCCCUGCCUCUCGCCGUCCGAGUCCUUCUCCCUCAUCUCCGUCUCCCAGCUGCUCUUCCCGUACCACCUGCCCCCCGCCUUCUUCGGGCCCGUCGUCAAGGAGAUGCUGAGCCACUACGCCGAGCAAGGCGACGUGCAGAUGGCCGUGUCGGUGCUCAUCGUGCUGGGGGAGAGGAUACGCAAGGACAUCGACGAGCUCACACAGGAGCACUGGUACACGUCGUACAUCGACCUGCUUCAGCGCUUCGAGCUGUGGAACGUGUCUAACGAGGUGAUCAAGUUGAGUACCUGCUCGGCCAUCACCUGCCUCAACCAGACCUCCACCACGCUGCACAUCAACUGCAGCAACUGCAAGCGGCCAAUGAACAACCGCGGCUGGAUCUGCGACAGGUGUCACCAGUGUGCAAGCGUGUGUGCGGUGUGCCACCACGUGGUGCGGGGCCUGUUCGUGUGGUGCCAGGGGUGCGGGCACGGGGGCCACCUGGAACACAUGAGGAGCUGGCUACGCUCCAACACACACUGCCCCACCGGCUGCGGACACCUGUGCGAAUACACCUAACACACGUGGGCACACACGUGGACACACACGUGGACAUACACGUGGACACACACACACACACACACACACACACACACACACACACACACACACACACACACAAACAUACAAUCAUGCAUACACACACAUGGAAACAUACAUACACACCUACCGGUGUGUGUGUGUGUGUGUGUGUGUGUGUGUGUGUGUGUGUGUGUGUGUGGUGUGAAUAUGCUGUGUUGAUCAGGGGUGUGGAGUUGAUUGAUCCGUCAUGCGCUGCUGCUAAUUCUGCUGUUGCUGAUUAUUGUUACAUGUUAUAGUUUGUUUGUUUGAUUUGGGAAUAAACGCUGCUAUUCUCCAAGGACAAUAAAGGGCAACAAAUACACUCCACACACACGCACACAUUCAUUCUCUCGCACUCUCUCUUUCACACACACACACACACACACACACACACACACAAUUAAUCACGUCUUUCGCACAACACACUCUUUCCUCCAUGAUACACACAUACUACCAAACAUCACUCACAAUCAAACAUCACAUCUAUUACACGAGCAUAAAUCACACACACUCACACACUUGCCAAACACAAUCUUGUCUGACGCCAAUCACCUCAACAGAAAGGGACUAGCUCUUACCUUGUUUUAUAUAUUAUGUAUUUUUGAUUGGCAUGUUUUUUUUUUUUUACAUGCCACGUCAUUUUGUUGUGUGUCGGACUGAGACGCGUGAAGGUUGUUGGACGUGUGUAAAUAGGGGAUUUUUUUGGUCCUGUCCAACUUUUUCCUGUAUGAUGAUGAUGUUGAAUAUCAUGAAGUGUAAAAAUAAAAAUCAAGUGGAGGCUUUGUAA